UUUGCGUCGUUGUUAUCUUGAUCUCGUUUGUAUUAUUUUUUUUUUUUUGUUGGCCUAACCCAAGGAUGUCCCCGCGAAAGGAUCAGCGUGAUAAUAGUUAUUGGCAGAAACAAGCAGCUACCUUGCCGGAUUACGUGCCUCCGGCUCAGCAGGAACAGGAACUGCAGCAGCUGCAGCAUAGAGCCUCGAUCCUUUGGUCGCCCCAGAUUCAGGAAGAGGACGAAGUAAACCUGCGCGAAUACCUGGACGUUGCGGCCAUGCGCUAUAAUAUCGAGGAGGAGCAGGCCCUGUUCAUCCUGCGACGUCACGGGUUCGACCUGCCGUUAGCCAGGCGACGUCUGGUCGGCGUUGAGACGGCUCGAGGAUGUCGCUAUCAUCGCUGGAAGGCCCAGGAUCUCUUCCGACUCUCCCAGGCCUUCAAGCAGCACGGAAAAAACUUUGCGAAGGUCCAGGAACAGGUUCCCCACUUUCCCCUUGCCGAGGUUCGGCUGUAUUUCUCCUUCAUGUACUCGGCUUAGGAUCCAGAAGACUGACAACCUGAGAUAACGAGGGAUAUUCAUUAACUCAUUCUAACUGACAUUGGUUUCCUUAACUGUUCAGAUCAUCAUUAUGGCUUAGAAGAUUUAUUUAAACAAUAUUUGUAUGAUCAAUUGAACAAUUAAGUUUUUCCUGAAACACACUGCUAGGCACAUUAAUAAAGUAUUGUUUAAAAUGUUAACAUACUUUCACGUUGUUUAAUAAUAAGUCUUGGUUUUGAAUGAGCUUGUCUUUAUUUUGAUACACUAUAUAUGCAUUAUUCUCAUAAACUUAUAAUUAUUAGCGUAUUUAUCAAGAGCGUAUUUAUCAAUACAAGUAAGUUGGUAUCGAGUUUGAGCUUAAUGACCUAACAUUUACAGGAAUAGCUUAGAUAUGCGUAAUUUUAUACCUAUAUUGACUAUGUACAAAUUAAAAUCCAUAAAUCAAAUAGCAAACAAAAA